AUGGACGCUUCAAACAUGUCCUUUGAGGCGAAGAUUGCCAUGGCAUUGGGAGGAUCUAGUUGGCAGAGUCUACAGAACAGUAGCACUGCGGAUCCCGUUCCUGCCGCCGAACAGGCAACCAAUGCGGAUGAAGAAUAUGAAGACGAUGAUGAUGAUGAUGAUGAAGACGGAGAUGGCGGAAACGGAAUUUCCAUAGUAGACGGGCCUGCCGAUACAGUCGCAGCCCGAGAGUCGCAAGUCGAUAAGGAGCUACUCAAGAAACGCAAGAAAAGACUGGAGCGGUUUGAAAAGACCGUUGCCAGAGACGCGGGAGAGGUGGUCGAGACAAUUGACGUUGACUCGCUCAUACCCGUCUCACAAAAGGUGUCAUGGGAUCAGGACCCAGAGAUUGUCUGUUGCUAUAACUGGCAAGCGUCUACAGAUGGCACCAACACUAUCUUCGUCCCGGGUGAGCCAGCAAAAUGGCAGCAGCCAGCUCUACCCCAUCAUUUGGAGCGAGAUAGCGGUUUCCAAUACCAAGAUUACAACUAUGCACGAAAGCCAAGGAAUCCUUAUUCUCCCAUGUUCGAGGCACUCAGUGUCAUGAACCCAGGCUUUACAUUCAACGACGUUGAUGUUCUGGCCGAUCGCAACAAUCUCCGUGUGUUGCUCGAAUUUGCCCAAGGCAAAGCCAACGGGCCAUUUCGAUUAAACAUAUACCUGGUCUUCAACACUCUAGUUAUCGUACGCCGCGAGUCACGCUGGUGGAAGCUUUCAGACGGCCAUAGCUACGGCAUCAACUUCGAGCGAGACUUUACAACGACAACAGACGACAUGCGCGACGCAACAAGCCAUUACCGCGCCAUCCGCUACAACAUGGGUCCCUUGAACGUCGUCUGCCGCUUCGAAGCUGACGCCUACGAUGAUGGCAUGGGAAACGACAACCUUACAGAGUCCGAGGUUGCAGCCGCAACCGGCAACGGCGCAGGUCCAACCACAAGACCCACCUUCAACUACUCCGCUCCCGUCGGUGUGCUACAAAAAGGCCACAUUGUCCCCACCGCGCAAAUGGUCGAACUGAAAACACAAGCCUACCACCCUGAAAGCAGCGCUCUAGUCCAAUGUCAAGACCAACUUUGGUUCGGCCGCACAUCCCUCUUAUUCACCGCGCCCUACGACAAAGAAACUGGCCGUGUACAGCGCGUGAAGAAGGAAGACGCAACUGAGCGCGUAGCGAGAUGGGAAGAAGCACAACAAGAAGCCCUCCAAAAACUCGUUGCGCUACUCGUUCGCAUCCGCGCUGUGCUGGUACGCGAACGCAGACCCAAUCGCGCGGUUGUUCUCGUGCGCGAAGCAAAAAGUGGACCGCUGGUACUGCGUACGAUGGAGGAGAGAAGUCACGCUGUGGACAGGGAUACACGAGAAAUCUUCUGGCCAUUUCGACCGCAGUCGUUUGGUGGACAUCGUGGGCGCGGCAAUGACCGUGGUAGGGCCUCUUUUCACGGUUCGCGCGGUCGUGGGCAGGGCGGGCCUGGUGGCAGAGGUAACUUUCCUCCCACUUUCCCGUCUCCUCAUUUCCAUGGCCGGGGCCAGUAUCCUCCGCCGCCACCUGGUUGGACGCCGCCGUAUAACAAUGCUGCUCGAGGUCGGGGCCAAGGCCAGUUUCAUGGUAAUGCGUCGUCGAGUUCUACAUAUCGUGAUGACCGUAGGGCGGAUGGAGGUCAAGGGCGGGGAGCGGGGAGAGCGAAACAUGUGGGUCGUGGUCAGAGUCCGGCGUAUCCUUAUUGA